AUGAGUCUUCUUUUGCCACGCGGUUCGUCAUCUGCACGAUGCGUAGCCAAGGCUGCCAAUCGUCAAUUUAGCACACACAAUCUUUCAAAUAAUUACAUCCGCACAAGCCUUCUCAUCAACACAGGGCAAAAAUAUGGAUCUUGCAUCAGCCCCCCAAAAGGGCUCAAACCCUCACAGACACAAAAUAAAUAUACAGCGACCAAGGUUCAUCAGAGAGCAUCAAGUUCUAAGGUGGUGACUGGACCAUCGGGACCUGUCCCGGUCAGGACGCCAGCGGCGAUCGAGUUAGCAGAUGGUACUCGAUUGGUAGGAAAGUCCUUCGGAUCCGGUGCGAAUGUCAAUGGCGAGGUCGUGUUCACCACUGCGAUGGUGGGCUAUCCCGAGUCAAUGACGGAUCCUUCAUAUCGAGGUCAAAUACUUGUCUUCACACAACCGCUCAUAGGAAACUACGGAGUGCCCGAUAUGCGCAUUGUUGAUAAAUUCGGACUUCCCGUGCACUUUGAGAGCGACAAGAUCCAUGUGGCUGGAGUUGUUGUCAGUAAUUACAGCGAGAAAUUCUCUCACUGGACUGCUGUCAAGUCCCUCGAAGCUUGGAUGCAAGAACACAACGUUCCAGGAAUCACCGGUGUAGACACCCGAUACCUGACAAAGCUCUGCCGAGACCAGGGUACACUACCAGGUCGUCUGAUACAACUCUCGCCCGAAGAUUCGCACACAAUUGUGAAGAAUGGUACUGAAGAAGUACCAGCAAUUGUGAAUGCCUCCUUAACCAACUACAUCGCGGAAGUUAGUCGACAGGAUGUCAAGGUGUUCAAUCCUGAGGGAGAUGUCUCUGUACUUGCUGUGGACUGUGGUAUCAAAAAUAACAUUAUCCGUCAGCUGUGUCUCCAGGGCGCGAAGGUGACCGUCGUGCCGUGGGAUUACGAUUUCUUAACAGCUCGGGCGAAGAAUGUGAUUGAUUACGAUGCUAUCUUCCUUUCCAACGGUCCGGGCGACCCUGCGUCGGCUGGGCUUCUGGUGGAACGUGUGCGACAGGAAAUUCUGAAGGACAACCCCAUCCCUAUCUACGGUAUCUGCAUGGGCAAUCAAGUAAUGGCCAGAGCUAUCGGGGCUGACACAUACAAAAUGAAGUAUGGCAAUCGAUCACAUAACCAGCCGGUAAUCAACCCGUUGACCAACCAUUGCAUGAUCACAAGUCAAAACCACGGAUAUGCUGUGGAUGACUCCAACCUUCCUGCCAAUUGGCAUCCCCACUACGUUAACAUCAACGAUGGCACAAACGAAGGCAUUUUCCAUGACUCUAAGCCAUUCGCAUCGGUUCAGUUCCACCCUGAAAGUAUGGGCGGGCCUAACGAUUCUGUUUUCUUGUUCAAAGAGUUUGUGGAAGACGUGCGUGCAGUCAAAUCACAGCAAAUGUUCGAGUGGAUGAACAGAGCCAAGCCAUAUCUCUACCGAAAGCGAGCGUCGGGCUCCGCCUUGCCUCCUAACUCUGGACAUGUGCACAAGACUGGUGUAAAGACCGUUGUUGUGUUAGGAAGUGGAGGUUUGCAGAUCGGCCAGGCUGGUGAAUUCGACUACAGUGGAAGUCAGGCGAUUAAAGCACUGAAAGAGGAGGGUAUCCGUACCAUUUUGAUCAAUCCCAACAUCGCCACAAUCCAGACCGAUCCCAAUUUGUCUGAUACCACCUACUUCCUGCCUAUCACGCCUAGUGUGGUAGAGCACGUCAUGAAGGAAGAGAAAGCCACCGGCAUGAUGCUGCAAUUCGGUGGGCAGACCGCACUCAAUGUAGGUGUCGAGAUGUUCAAAGCGGGCGCGUUUGCCAGACACAGUGUCGAGGUUUUGGGAACGCCUGUAGAGACGCUUAUCAAGUCCGAAGAUAGAGAUCUGUUUGCCAAGGCACUGUUUGAGAUCAACCAGCCCGUUGCCGUGUCUGACGCGGUAGAAUCGGUUGAAGAGGCUUUGAAGGUCGCCGAGAGAAUCAGUUACCCUGUGAUCAUUCGAAGUGCUUAUGCGCUCGGUGGGCUUGGAUCUGGAUUUGCCGAUAAUGCGGAGGAGCUUCGCGAAUUGGCCACCUCCAGUUUGAGUUUGGUACCGCAAAUUCUAGUCGAGCGAUCCAUGAAGGGUUGGAAAGAGAUUGAAUACGAAGUCGUGCGAGACGCUAUGGACAACUGCGUAACUGUGUGCAACAUGGAGAACUUCGAUCCAUUAGGAGUGCAUACAGGUGAUAGCAUUGUGGUUGCACCGUCGCAGACAUUGACCGAUAAAGAGUACCAUAUGUUGCGAACGGCCGCCAUCAACAUCGUCAGACACAUGGGGGUGGUUGGCGAAUGCAAUGUACAGUAUGCGAUGAAUCCACUCACGUCCGAGUACUGUGUGAUUGAGAUGAACGCUCGUCUGUCGCGAUCGUCAGCGCUGGCCUCAAAGGCAACUGGAUAUCCCUUGGCCUUCAUUGCUGCGAAACUCGCGCUGGGCUACACUCUUCCGGAGAUUAAGAACUCUGUCAACCAGACUACGUCUGCUUGCUUUGAGCCAUCGUUGGACUACGUCGUCACAAAGAUUCCCAGAUGGGAUCUGCGCAAGUUCACCAACGUCUCCAACGACAUCGGGUCGUGCAUGAAAUCUGUGGGUGAAGUCAUGGCCAUCGGCCGAACGUUUGAGGAGAGUUUCCAGAAAGCGUUGCGUAUGGUAGACCCAGGAAACGUUGGCUUCGAUUCGGUUGCUAGAACAUAUGAGAACGGAUUGGAACACACACUCCAGUUCCCAACGGACCAGAGAGUCUUUGCUCUUGCUGAUGCCAUGCACAAUCACAAAUACGAUGUGGACACACUGCACAGCAUCACACAGAUCGAUCCAUGGUUCCUGCACAAGUGCCAGCACAUUGUUGACUGCAAAUCCGACAUGAAUGGUCACACCUUAGAAACACUGCCCACUGAAGAGCUUAAACGCGCCAAGCAGCUAGGAUUCUCUGAUAUUCAGAUUGGUAAUGUGGUGAACUCAGACGAGAUGUCUGUGCGAGCCAAGCGCAAAGCCAGCGGAAUCAUUCCCAAGGUUAAGCAGAUCGACACCCUUGCGGGCGAAUUCCCGGCUGAGACAAACUACCUGUACACCACCUACAAUGCAACUCAUGACGAUGUGACCUUUGAUGAUGCGAAGGGUGAAGGCGGUGUGAUGGUGCUCGGCAGUGGAGUCUACCGUAUUGGUAGCAGUGUCGAGUUCGAUUGGUGUGCGGUAUCAGCCACCAGACAACUCAAGAAGUUGGGACACAAGACGAUCAUGUUGAAUUACAAUCCCGAGACAGUCAGCACGGACUACGACGAGUGUGAUAGGUUGUACUUCGAGGAGCUGAGUACGGAGAGAGUUCUGGAUGUAUAUGACCUUGAAAACUCGAAAGGUAUCAUCACCUGUGUGGGUGGGCAGAUACCCCAGAACAUUAGUGAGAAGCUCUAUGACAAUGGCGCUACGAUGCUAGGCACUCACCCGCAUAUGGUUGAUAUGGCCGAGAAUCGAUACAAGUUCAGCAACCUGCUUGACUCUCUAGACGUGGAUCAGCCAUCAUGGAAGGAGCUCUCGUCCAUUGAAGAAGCCGAGAAGUUCUGCGACAGUGUUGGCUACCCAUGCCUCAUUCGACCCUCUUAUGUGCUGUCUGGCGCAGCUAUGAAUGUUGCGCGAUCGCAGGAGGAAUUGGAUAACUUCCUGAAUAUGGCGUCGGAUGUGUCGCCUGACCACCCCGUAGUGAUCACCAAGUUCAUGCAGGACGCUAAGGAAAUAGACAUUGACGCAGUGGCCGUGGAAGGCAGAGUCCUUCUCCAUGCCGUAUCUGAGCAUAUUGAACAGGCGGGUACCCACAGUGGAGACGCCUCCUUAGUACUCCCUCCCCAUACCGUUGGUGAUGAGCCCAUGAUGGAACGUCUGAAGGUCAUCACACAGAAGGUGGCCGCUGGCUUGAGAAUCACGGGACCGUUCAACAUGCAGAUUCUGCACAAUGAAGAUGCCAACGGUGACAUAACACUUAAGGUGAUUGAAUGCAAUCUGCGAGCGAGUCGAUCCUUCCCGUUCGUGUCGAAGGUUCUGGGACAAAACUUCAUUGACACGGCCGUUGAGGCCAUCAUGCAGGCGCCCAGCAGUAGUAAAGCCCGAACGGAUGCGCAGUUGGUAGCCAGUGGACAUACCAAGCCAUUCCCAGUGGUACCUGUCGACUACGAUAUCAUGGCCGAGAAGAGAGAUUACUACGGUGUCAAGGUUGCACAGUUCUCAUUCACCCGCUUGGCCGGUGCUGACCCCAAGCUAGGUGUAGAGAUGUCUUCCACUGGUGAGGUCGCCACCUUCUCCAAGACGCCUACGGCAGCGUAUCUGAAGGCGAUACAGUCAGUGCACGGAUUCAAAUUACCGGAUAUCGUGGACGGUGAACAGGCCCCAACUGUGGCUGUUCUUACAGACGACCUCAGCAAAGAGUCACAAGUACAAAAGGUUCAGAAGGAUCUAGCCACUCUAGGUUUCCAGAUCAACCACCUAGAAGUGGCGGCCAUAUCUGAUUCCGUAGUCUUGCAAAAUGCGAUCUCCAGCAUGAAAGCGAACAGACCUUGUACCCUGAUUGACAUGACGGGCCACGCCAAGCAACCCGACUCGUCCGCUCCUGCGUACAAAAUCCGUCGAACAGCCGUUGAUUUCGGUGUACCGAUGAUUUACGAUAGCAAUUGUGCGGAGAUGUAUGUGGAUGCGCUGAGGGAACAGGCCGACAUAUACCAAACAUCACACACACACACACGUGCCGACAAUGACACAGCAAGAGAGGCUCUGUUUGGCGAGGAGUAUCUUGCACGAGACUCGUACAUAAAUAAGCACCAAGAAGCACAAGCAGGGCUCAACGAAUCACCCACGAGCUGCGGGCAGAGCUCUGAGUCACAAUUUAGCGCACGAGCAACGAAAAGCACACAAGUGGCUUCCGCGUAAGCCAUGAAUAAUUGUAUUUAAUAUUGUCGUGCAAAACGAUACCAACUUAGUAAUUUCAGUAUGUAUAUACACAAAUAAAUAAACUAUCAUUUGUACCAGAAA